UAGCUGGCUGAUACAAUGACUUGCUAUAGGCUGGCUACUACUAGCGACGACUUUACACUAGCGAACUGGCGAACGAAACACACUUGGUGUAUCUGGCAAAGGCAAGCAAGUGAAACCCAAAAACCGAAGGCAAACUCAACUAAACUGCAUUGAAUAAAAUCUAAAGUGAAUACGCAAGGCAAAACUACAAGGCAGCCAUAGCCAGUGGAAGUAUAGAAGAAAUAUUAAAAUUGUGUAGUGCGUGAAUUCAAAACGAAAUUUCAGCGUUUUUUUCCAUAGUUGAAAUUGCCGAUUUGCCGAUUAGCUGUGCAUAAUAUACAUUUCUACUAAGUGUUUUCUGAAUUUCAACAAAUCCCAACAAAUAUUCAAAAUAUGGCCGGUGAACGUCCAAAGCGUCCUCUGUCAGCUUAUAUGCUGUGGCUCAAUGAGAAUCGUGAGCAGAUCAAGAAAGACAAUCCCGGCAGCAAAGUCACAGAUAUCGCCAAACGUGGUGGUGAAUUAUGGCGUGGCAUGAAAGACAAAUCUGAAUGGGAACAGAAAGCCAUGAAAAUGAAGGAGGAGUACAACAAGGCCGUCAAGGAGUACGAGGCCAAUGGUGGCACAGACACCGGUGCUGCCAAGAAGCGGAAAGGCAAACCCGCCGCGAAGCCCAUCAAGAAGACAAAGAAGAAAGAUACAUCCGAUGAGGAUGAAGAGGAGGAGAGUGACUAAACGCUGGCGCGUGUGCGUUACGCUGGACGUGUAGCGGAUUGACGAAAACUUAAACAAUAAGUUUUAAAAUAUUUUAUUAAAGUAAUUUUAAGUGGCAUAUAGAAAGAAUGUAUGUAUAUACAUAUGUUUACGGUUGACGCGGAUGUGUAACUUUAUUUAUACAUACAGACAAAAUAUAUGCACUCAACAAAACAAAAAACAAGAAAAAAAAAUACAAAAAAAAAACAAAAACAAAAAAUACAAAAUACAAAAUACAA